AUGGUAUUUGAUUCUGAAAGAGCUAUCGCAUUUAAGGCGGCAACUGAUGGAUCAAUAGUUGCUGAAAAUACAACAGAUUCACGUCCACCACCACCAGUAAAAACCACAACAACUAUAAAUCGUGUUUCUCUUACUGUUCAAAUUGCAGUUCCAGUAGCUAUAGCUGGUGGAACACUAUUGAUUGGUUUUGGUCUAAUUAUUUAUGCUGUUAUAUCAGGUGGGCAUGGUAUAUUUUUCUUAACACGAACACGAUGA